AUGAAUGAUGAAAUUCAAACAUUUGUCGAGUUUUUACUCGAUACUGAAACAACAUCAGAAACAUUAUUUAGUGAAGCAAUUACAGAAAAACAGGAAUUAUUUAAUAAUGUACGUAAUGGUUCCAUUUUUGAGAAAAUAGUUGAUCAAAAAUUACGACAAUGGAAAAGUUAUUAUCAAAAAGAGCAAAGUGCUAUUGCUGAUCGAAUAGCUAUUAAUGCUGGCAAUGAAACAUCAGAUGAAGGAUCAGAAAAUGAAUCCGAACAAGAAUUAUCAUCUGAUAAUGACGAUGAAAACACAUCGCAACUACAAAUGCAUAAACAAGACCAGACAUUUCAAUCAAUUAAACAAUCUGACAUUCUAAUUGAUCCAAUUAGUCAAUGUAAUAGACUUCUUCAAUUUUUAUAUUAUUGCCAACAAAAUCAUAUUCAUUUAACUGAUCUUUAUUUUUGUACUCUUGAUCAUUGUGUUAAAAGUGAAAAUGAAAAAAUUGGUGGUAUUGCUUUACAACAAAUUGCUUUACAUUUAUCAGUUGAUAUUAAUGAUGAAAAAGAAUGUCAACGUCUUAUUAAAUGUCUUCCAUCAAAUUUAUCAUCUCCUACUAUACCUGAAAUAUAUAAACCUAUAUUAAAAACAAUUCAAACUCUUAUUUCAAGAAAUAAAACUAAACAAGACGUAUCAACAGUUAUGUCAUCAAGUGAUCUUGAUAUUCUUUAUCCAUAUAAAGCUCGUUUUCUUGAUUUACAUCGUGAAUUUCGUGAUAGUACACAUUAUUUUAUUGAUGGUGAUUCAUUAAUUCUAUCUGUUGCUCAUCAUAUUAAUAUUGAUCUUCUUACAUAUUAUGGUAAUACUCUUCAUGUAAUUUUUAUAAUUGAACGUAUUCUUCUUACACUUUUUAAUCAAACACAACAAUGUAAUUAUACAUUAUUAUUUUUUGAUUGUCAUUAUCAAUUGUAUCAAAAUGAAAAUUCUAUAUUGAGUCUUCUUCGUGCUUGUCUAAUUAGUCAUCUUUUUAAAAAUUUAAACAAAUAUGGAUCAUCAAAAGUACGACAAUUUUCAUCAUGGCUUGAUAAUGAAUAUGUAAAAUUUACUAAUGAAGAAAAACCACAUUUUAUAUUCUAUCAUGAUAUGACAAGUUUUUAUAUAUGCAAAAAUUCUCUUUUAUCAAAAGAUACCUUAAUAGAACUUCUCUAUAUUUAUCGUUUAUUUGGUAAUUAUCAUCAAUAUUAUCUUCAAUGCAAUUUAUAUCUAAUGAAUAAAUUAAUAUUAACUGAUACAAUAGUUAAAUGUUUUCGAGUUGAAUUUAUGACAAAAUGUCCAAUGAAUUUACUAGGAAACAAAAUUAGAAUAUUAUCAACUUAUCAAACACAUACUAUUUUAGACAAAAAUAAUUGGAUUGAAUUUGAAAAACAGAUAUAUGAAAUAACAAAUCAAGAUGACGUACGACUUUUUCUUUAUAUCAAAACAAUAAUGAAUUGUAUUGACGAUAAAAACGAUCAAUCAAAGAAAGAAAAUUUGUUCAAACUUCUCGGUCCAUUACUUAUUCUUCACAUUGCUCUUCUUAUUCGUUUAUCAUUAAUUGAUCGUCAUCUACCAUCAAACUUUGCUUCUAUGACAUUUAGUUCAAUAUUUUCUGACAUAAUUAUUAAAUUUCAACAACAUCUUGCAGCAUGUCUAUCCUCAUAUUCUUCAUCAUUAUCAUAUUCAAGAGUAGUUGAUAUGUUCGAUGGACGUCUUUUUGCUUUUACUCUAUAUCAACUAAAACAAUCAUCAUCAAAACUAAAGUUUGAUUCAAAUACAAUGGAUAUUGUCAAACAAUGUUUAACCUUAUUGAAACUUUCAACAGAUGAAAAUAUAUUUUGUAAUAUAGUAGAAGAAUUAAUUCAAUCAAAACAUAUUAUAUUUUCAUCUUCAACACUUAACAACAAACAAUCAAUUUCAAUUGAAAAACAAAAAAUUACAAAAAUAUCAAAUCCAUUUAUUGAUAUUUACUUAAAACCUAUACUUUCAUUACAUAAUCAAUGGACAUUUGAUUUUGUCACUCCUGAUGACAAUUCUUUAGUUCGAUAUGAUGGAAAAUAUCAUUGGCAUGUAUACAAAGAGGUUGGCGAUGAGAUAAGUCGUAUACGAGAUAAUGAUGAAAAAUAUAAAAAUCCGAACAAAUAUCGUUAUCGAACCAAGAAUCUACAAAAAUUUUAUACUUACUUCACUUUGUAUGGUAAAUCAUUGACAACUCGUGAUGUCAGAGAUAAUCAACUACAAAUUAUUCUUCCUACUGCUUUAAUGAAUGAAGAAAUAAAUACGGAUAGAAAAGAUUCUGCAUCUGGUGAUAAGAAAAAACAAAAAGCGAAAGGUCAAUCAAAAAAAGUUUAUCAAAAAAAAGCUGAAAAGAUUAUCGAAGAAAAUAAACAACGAAAAAUUAAUAAAUGUAUUAUAAAUGAAACCGAUCAAAUUGUUCAUGUUGAAGAUUUAUUAAAACAAAUUCCAUUCGAUAAUUAUUCAGCAGCUAUGGAAAUUAUUGAUGGUAGUUUAUCUAAAUUUAAAACAUCUGUAAAUCGUCUUGAAUUACUCAAACGAAAAUUUCAUUUACAACGACAAUAUUUACAAACAUUGAGAAAGAAAAAUAUCUUAACAAAUGAAGAAAAAUCUAAAUUAGAUUAUCUUCAAACUGAUUAUUUUGCUACGAUGACUGAAAUGGCUCAUCUUGAAAAUAGUAUUGAUGUAUUUAGUGAAAAGAAAAAAUAUAUGGAAGAACUUAUUAAUGAUUUACCAUUCGAUCAAGAAAAAUGGUAUCGAUUUCAAAUGGAAAAAAUCAAUAGUCGAUUACCAAGAUAUGAACAAGGUAUACCCGAUAGUCGAGUACCUGAUUUUAUUCCAGAUAAUUGGCAAAUUCAAUUUCUUGAUGCCGUUGAUAAACGACAAUCAAUUAUAAUUGUAGCACCAACUGCUUCCGGUAAAACUUAUGCAUCAUAUUAUGCUAUGAAUAAAGUACUCAAAGAUCGAGAUGAUCCAAAUGGUAUUUGUGUAUAUAUAGCACCAACGAAAGCACUUGUUAAUCAAGUUGCUGCUACAAUUCAUUAUAAAUUUGGUGCUGUAUUUGGAAUUUUUACACGAGAUUAUCGUACAAAUAUGGAUGGAUGUCGAAUAUUAGUUACUAUUCCACAAUGUAUGCAAAUUCUUCUUCUAUCACCUAAUCAUCAACGUUGGUGUCAAAGAAUAAAAUAUGCUAUUUUUGAUGAAAUUCAUUCAACAGUUAGUAAUGGAAAUGAGUUAUGUGAUUGGAUUGAAAAUAUUGAAAAUCAACGAUCGAAAUUAUUUAAAACAUCAAAACCACGUCGAGUAUGUUUUAUUUCUCAUCCGGAACGUAUAGCUGAUUUAAAUAAAUAUUUAUAUUCAAAUAGACAACUAUAUCCAAUUCAUCCAAUUGGUCUAAUGAAUACAAAACAAUUAAUAACACGAGGUGUUCCUAAAGAUUUUUCAUUAUCACCUUAUGAAACUUUACAAUUGAAUGAUGCUAUGAACACCUUAUCAAUCAGCAAAAUGUAA